AUGCUCACAGCCGUCGGAAACACAAGAAACAUCAAGAAGGAGCUUGAGUUGCCAUCAAAAAGCGUCGGUGCUUGUGCAGAAAGUCAAAAAUUGCAUACAGUUGCAGAAAGAAAGUUGAAAUCGGAGAUUUUUCCACCGGCGCUAUCUUGCAGUUGCAGGCGCAGAAAGGAAAAAGCCCCCGCCCACCACCACUGUCCAUCAGUCACCACAAUCUACCACCGCGCUCAGAUCAGAGUCACUCAGUCACUCACUCCUCAACUCGCUGCUCGCACACGUUUGGUUGCUAUGGAGUACUACUUGAAGAAAUCAGAUAGAAAAACAAGAUGGUCCAGAUGGAUCGAUUGUUACAACAGUUCCCAGAAGAUAUUACUUGUGGGUGAAGGCGAUUUCUCAUUUUCCGCAUGUUUAGCUCGAGCUUUUGGCACUGCUAAAAACAUGGUUGCUACUUCGUAUCUUGAUCAAGAUUCGUUAUUUAAAAAGCAUUGGACGAGUAUACCACACCUUGAAGAACUUGAGAGAUUAGGCUGCUUAUUAUUGGUCGAAGUCGAUGUCUACAAUAUGGACACUAACCCAUUUUUCGAAAACACAAAAUUCGACAUCAUCAUCUUCAACUUCCCUCAUGCUGGCCAUUAUGAUUACUUAUCCGAAAGUAGCCCUAUAUUAAUCCAGAUGCAUAGGGAGUUGGUGGGAGCUUACUUUAGAAGUGCAAGCAAGAUGUUGAGUGAAGGGGGUGAAGUGCAUAUAAGGCAUAGAGAUGAUCCUCCAUAUGAUAGAUGGAAUAUUGUUUCGCUAGCUGAUGAAGCUGGUUUGGAGUUGAAGGAGAAAGUGUUGUUUGAUAAGAGUAAGUAUCCUGGUUAUCAUAACAAAAGAGGAGGAGAUGUUCAAACUAACAAGACUUUUCCUAUCGGAGAUGCUUAUACUUUUAAGUUUCUUCAGACUCAUGAUUUACCAAAGGUUGAUUCGAAGAAUGAUGAUCUAGGUUGUGUAUUAGAGAGGAAGAAUGUUUUAUGUGAUGAUCUUUUUGUUCAUAUGUUCGAUGGGCUUUGUUUAAAGGAUGAUGAUGAUGAUGAUGAUGAUGAUGAUGAUGAUGAUGAUGAUGAUGAUGAUGAUGAUGAUGAUGAUGAUGAUGAUGAUGAUGACGACGACGAGGAUUAUGAAUAUGUUGAUGAUGACAUCGAUGAGAAGGAAGAUAACAACGAUUAUGAUGAUGAUUAUGAUUAUGAUGAUGAUGAUGAUGAUGAUGAUGAUGAUGAUGAGAAGGGAUAUGACGAGGACAACAACGAUGAGGAGGAGUACUGUUGUGAUUACUACUACGAACAUGAUUAUGAUAAUCCAUGGUGAUAUUGGUGUAUGAGAAAUUAAUGAAGGGUUAUGUUCGUGAUUAUGAUCAUAUUGAUGGGAAAAUGGGGUUGAAGAUAAUGAUAGUUACAUGGUCAUGGUGAUGUAAAUAAUGGAAGAUGAUGAUUGUGAUUGUGAUUAAGAAAAUGAAAUAAUUGGCCAUGUUUGAUUGUACGGGUUCAAUAAUUGUUAUCUUUUUACCUUUUAG